AUGGAUUCGUCCAUAAAAAAACCAUCUUCUACGAAUUCACAAAAUCCGUCGACAUCAUUGGCAACUCCAAAAUCAGCUGUUUCGAUAAGUGUUGUAAGUGUCCGAUGAUUUUGCUUUCUCAAAAACAAUUUGUUUCACAGAAUCCCGUUAUUUAUAAAAGUUCAACUCUCAAACUUUCAAUAUCUCCAAAUCAACAAUUUUUAUACGGUGUUAUAUUGCGAAUAAUCAAAACAGUAUACGCUUCAAGAAUUCCACAAAUAACAUCAGAACUGCCUGAAGAUUGGGAGAAAAUCAAAGAAAACGAUGUGAAAAGAAUAGGAGAAUUGAUCAGUUGUUAUAAUAAAGGAGCAAAAGCAUAUAAUAAUGAAAUAUGGGGAUGCAGUUGAAAAUCGAAAAAUGUUAGGAGAAUGGGCUUUGCCAUUUUGCACACAACAAAUUGCUGCUCAAAUUACAAAUUGGGCAUAUAAUUGGUUGGUUUAUUUUUUUUUUUCAAUUUCAAUUUCAAAAUUAAUAUAUUUUUGCAGUGCUGUUUCAACACCAUCAAUUUUAAACAGCCAUUACAAAUCAUUUUCAUCUGAAACAUAUGGAGAAACUAAUCUUGAACAAAUAACAAGUAUAUUAAAUGAGCUUCAACUUGGACCUGAUGAUGUUUUUGUUGAUUUGGGAAGUGGUGUUGGUCAACUUGUUGUUUAUACAGCCGCUUGCACAAAAAUCAAGAAAGCUGUUGGAAUUGAAUUAUCAACUGUUCCAGCAAAUCAUGCUCAAAAUCUUCAACAUUAUUAUAAGAAUAUUAUGGGACAUUUUGGAAAAUCUUAUUCACCGUUUGAAUUGCAUAAUGGAGAUUUUUUGGAUGCGAAAUUCCGCGAUUUGAUAACCAAAGAGGCAACUGUUAUUUUCAUCAAUAAUUAUGCAUUUAGCCCGGAUUUAUUGGUCAAAAUAUCGGAUGAAUUGAUUUCGGAAUUGAAUGAUAAUGUUAGAAUUGUAACAGCAAAAGAAAUGGGUGUAUUAAAACGUGAAGUUAAUGAUCGAACUUCUCGAGGUAAUUUAUAGAUAUUUUUAAAUCAAUUCACGAAAAAGUCAAAAAUGUCGAAAAAACAUUGUAGGUCAAAAUUAGUUUUUCGAGUUUUUCAGCCAAAAAUGAUGACAAAUAAAUAUUUUUUAGGCUUUUGGUGUAAUUUCUGAAGAAAAUAAGCUUCGAGAACCCUAUUUUGCUUUAUUUUAUGCAUUUUUUCAAAAUUCAUCAAAAAAGUGAAUUCCAAUGUCAAUUUUCAUCAGAAAUUACUCCAGAAGCUUGAAAAAUAUUGAUUUGUCAUCAUUUUUGGUUGAAAAACUCGAAAAACUAAAUUUGACCUACAAUGUUUUUUCGACUUUUUUUGACUUUUCGUGAAUUGAUCUUUCGAUGUUAAAAAACAUUUUUAAACAUUUUUUUUCGUUCGUGAAUCAGCCCUAUUAUCAAAUUUAAAAAAUGUGGCAGCCGUAAAAAAUGAAAACCAGUGCAGAGCUGAAUGAAUGACAAACUCAUUACUUCGUCAGUCGCGAGCGGCUGUGCGUUGCGGUCAAAAAACAAUCAAUAAUCCAUUUUUUCUUUGUUUCCCGACCGCGACGCACAGCCGCACGCGACUGACGAAAUAAUGACUUUUUCAUUCAUUCAGCUCUGCACCGGGUUUUAUUUUUUACGGCUGCCACAUUUUUCAACUUCGACAAUACUAAAUUAUUAUUUAUUUCGGUGUAGUAGUUGAACAAGAUUUCAAAGUUGAACAAGAUUUGUAGUAGUUGAACAAGAUUUCUGUUUUCAGCACUGUCUUAUCAAAUAUUCAAACAAAUUUCAAUAAUUUCAGAUAUCUCAUCAAUUCUUGAAAUGCGACAAAUGAAAUCACUAUCAAAUGGUGUUUCUUGGACAGCAAAUGUUGUCAAAUUUUGGCUUCACACUGUUGACAAAUCCAAGGUUUGUCUUCAUUUUUGAGAAUCUCUAACAUCUCAUUUUUUCAGGUGUUCAAGUUUUUUGAACAAAAAGCAAACCGACCAAAAGGAAAAGAUUCGAAAUCUUCAAGUUCGCAAAUGAAAGAAAAAGAAGGAAAAAUGGUAUGGUAAAUUAAUUUGUUGAUAACAAUUUCACUUUUGAUUUUCAGCAAUUUUCCACACCAAAAGAAGAAAAAAUAAAUUUGAAAAGACUUGCACCAACUCCGAGUGACUAUGAUAAUGAUAAAUACUUUUUUGGGAGAACUAAAAGAAGAAUGUGCAAAGCACAAGUUGGAGGAUAUAAAAAGGUUGGUAUUUGAGGAGGAGAGGGAGAUUGAAUAAAUUUAUUUCAAUAAUUAUUUUUUUUACCAAAAAAAUCAUCUUGUCUUAUAAUUAUCUUGUCAACGUGUUUAAUAAAAUUUCGUUUAAAAAAAUCACAAAAAAAUGAAAUUCUUCAAAAGCUUUGGCGAAUCAAUCAGAAACUUACAAGGGAACUGUUUCAGCUUGCAAUCGAGAUUUUUAAUGAGAUAUAUGUUUUCUAGUAGUUUUCGACCCGUUGAUCACGAUUCCGCUGUCUAAAACUGCAAAGCUCGACUCCUAACAUGAGUUAUGACGUGGCAAAGUUGAAAAAAUUUGAGAAAUUGGGACUUUGGAGGGUCCGAACUCGCCUUCAAAAUUAUUUUCAUGAAAAUCUGAUGGCAUAGCGUUGUUCAGGAGGCUCGAUUACAUAGAUAGAAUUCAUGUUGAACAACCCCGAUGCUAUUAGAUUUCCAAGUCCCAAUUUUUCAAAAUUUUCCAACUUUGCCACGUCAUAACUCAUGUUAGGAGUCAAGCUUUGCAGUUUUAAACAGCGGAAUCGUGAUCAGCGGGUCGAAAACUACUAGAAAACAUAUAUCUCAUUAAAAAUAUCGAUUGCGAGUUGAAACAGUUCCCUUGUUAAUUCAAAAUUUCACCUCCUCAUUUUUUUUCGCUCCCGCAAAAGUCCCCAUUCUUAUUUCCCCACCCCUUUCUUUUGUAAAAAAAAUAAAAAACAUUUUGACACAUGUUUUGACAAGUGGAAAAGGAGCGAUCUCGAGGCGCGCGUGUCCAGAUGUAUGUAUGUAUUCACCAAAAUUUCAAAAGAGGGCGGACAAAAAAUCAUUUGAUGGUGAGCUGCCGAUUUUUCCACACCGUUUCCUAUUUUUCUCCGUAUUUUUUUUUACCAAAAAACAUAUAUUAGAUUCAUUGACGUUAUUUAUCUACAGUAACCUGAUCUACAGUAGCUUGACCUAUUUUAACUUACAGUAACCAUACAGUUUGAGCUACAAGGUUACUGUAAACUAAGGUACUAGGCAUUUUUUAAACUAACUUGGAAUAUGGUAGCUCUACAGUAACCUAAACUACAGUAACCCUACCCUUUUCAUAAAUAAAAUCAGAAAUGUAUAUGCGCCAAAAACAUUACAGUAUCCCAGUAGCAUUAGUUACAGUAGCCAUCUAGAUUCAGAAUUCCCCCUGUACUAUUUUUAGUCGCGAACUCAAACAGAUGUUAUUUCAAAAUAAAAAAUUCCCUAUCAUUUUUUUUCUUGACACACAUGUGUUUUUUUCAAAAAAGGCGCAAACACAAAAGUUCCUCCUCCCGUGUCCAGAUGUAUCCCAAAAACUAUUCAUUCAGCCAAAAGAAAACAACAAUGUGCUCGACUGUCUUGGCAUUUGCCAAAAAUUGUCUCACGUUCAUUUUUCGGCCGAUUUUCUUGUGUUUGUCGAAUUUGUUGGACAUGUUGCCGUUUCGUGAGUUUUUUUUUUGAAAAAUGAAAAUUUCGAAAUUAUUUUUUGGGUGAAAAAUUAUGCCACGUGAAAGUUUCACGUCGCGUUGAAUAAAAAAUAAUUUUUCAUUUUUUAUUUCAAAAUUUGGGAUUUUUUGAAAAAACUAUUUAAGAUUUUAAUCUUACAAGUACAGUAAUCCUAGACCUACAGUAAUCUCAGAAGCCUUGUGUUAGUUUAACUACAGUAGUUUUUGAUCUACCAGAUAUCCAUCUGUAGAUUACUGUAGCCUGUACCUUUAAAAAAGUACGAUAAGCUAGCAAAUUGUGAUCUACAAUAACCGGGUUCACGUCACGUGAAAUAAAAAAUAAUUUUUUAUUUCAAAAUUUGGGAUUUUUUGAAAAAACUAUUUCAAAUUGAAAUCUUACAAGUACAGUAAACCUACAGUAAUUGUAAAAUUACUGGCAUUUCGUAGUGUUUUAAAGGUACAGGGUACAGUAGUUUUUUAAAGGUACAUCGUACAUAUUUCUAGGAAUCUUUCUGGUAUAUCAACAACUACUGUAGAUUGACUAACUCAGAGCUUCUGAUAUUUGAAAUUAAAAAAUUAAAACUGCAGUAAUCCUAGAUCUACAGUAAUAUUAGAAGUUCUGAGUUAGUCUAACUACAGUAGUUUUUGAUCUACCAAAAAGAUUCCUAAAUUUUUGUACGCUGUACCUUUAAAACACUACGGUACGCUAGCAAUUUUUGAUCUACAAUGAACAUUUUUCCAGGAUUCGCAUUUUUUGGUGGUCAAAACCGUGCUCAAAUCGUUGUGCUCCAGGAGCCCCCUUCACAAGUUCACUUCGAUAA